UUUAACAAUUCACAUUAUACUUCUACAAUUGCCGCAAUAGCUUGCUUUUUGCAUACAUAAUUCGUUUCUAAAUUAAAUGUUAGUUUAACGAUAAAAUCUACGUAAUGGCAGAUGAUAAUAAUGAAGAAAGUUGGUUAUAUGGAACUUCAAAUCCCGAUUCGACAACAAACGAGGAAGAACGCAAUGCAGUUGAAGAGUCUACGCCAGUAAUACAAAAAACUGACACCACUGAAAAUGAAGCACAAGCUGCAGAGAAUACACAAAUUGAAAUAAAAGAGGAACCUGCAGAUACUGGUGAGCAAGAUGAAUCGUUUAGUGCUUUUGAAGAUCCAGCCGAAGGUAUGGAGGAAGAUGAAGAAGCGGUGGCUUCAGCCAUGACUGCUGCCGAUACGACUGACGAUGGUGCACAAAAUGAUGAAGAACCUAAAUCCGGUGGAGUAUCGGAUGAAGAUGACGAUGAUUCAGAUGAUGAUAUUAAUGUUGUCAUAGGUGAUAUAAAAGCUGCACCAAGUACUUAUAACAUCAAACAGAGAUCAAAUUUAUUGGCUGCGGGUGGUGGACAAGAUAAAACAAAAUCUACCUCACAAGGUGGAAAAUUUAGUGUGGAAGACUUUGAUGGUGUGGGUGUAAUAAAUGGAGUGCCGGCACAUGAAUUUAGCAUUGAUUCAUUGGAAGAGAAACCAUGGCGUAAACCGGGUGCAGAUAUAACAGACUAUUUUAAUUAUGGGUUCAACGAAGAAACUUGGCGUGCAUAUUGUGAACGCCAAAAACGUAUGAGAAUUGUGGAAAGUGGUGUGGGAUUAGCGAGUUUAACCCAAAAUGCCAAUCAAAAUAUGGAUCGCAUGCAAGAUAAUGCAAUACAACCAGUUGGUGGAUCAACGCAAACACCGACUAUUAACGACCAAAUACACAUUCCUCCACUAGGUUUGCCGCCACAGACAACUCAUCAUGGUCCUCCACCACGUUUAAGUGUUAUGACGCGUCCUCCACGUCCUACAGGCACAAAAGAAAAUGUUAUUCAAGUAAUGACCGCCGAAUGUCGUGAGUAUUCACGUACAGGUGUGUUGGGACAACUGCCACCAUUUGCUGGGGGACCGCCCGAAGAACCGUUUUUUCCCGAAAUGGAUGCAUUUGAUUAUGGUUACGAACCAACUCAGGAAUCGCAAUGGGGUAAUGAUAAUCCUGCUUGGGUGCCAAGUGGUAUAAAAGAAUUAACGCCUGGUCCCGGUAUGGUACCACCUUCACAAAUGUCUGGUCCUCCAGGUAUGCCGCCAGGUGCUAUGGGUGUGCCACCACCGCAAUUAGGGGGACCACCUAUGCGGGGACCACCACCAUUAAUGGGAGGCAUGCCGCCUCCUAAUAUGAAUAUGGGUCCUCCACCAGGUAUUGGUAUGAUGAUGGGUCCAAAUAACGGUCCACCAAUGCGCAUGCCAAUGGGUCAUACGCGCAUGAUGGGCCCACAUGGACCACACAAUAAUCUUAUAGAUCCACACGAACGCAAUCAAAGACGCUAUCCCCCGCCAUCGAAUAUACCAUUAGGAAGACAAUGUUUAUCAAGACAAUUGCUAGAAGUAUCAAACUACAAUCCUUUCAAGAAAAUGUAUAAGAAAUUCCAUGAUCCGCUAAGUGAAUCUUCUGAGCGCAGUGAUGAAGAACGUGAGCGUAGAAGAAGAGAACGCGAAAGAGAUCGGGAUAGAGAGAGAGAUCGUGAGAGUAGGUCAAGGCGAGAACGUUCUCGUAGCAGAGAAAAAAUGCGCCGUCGUUCUAAAUCUCGUGAUAAGGAACGUGAUAUGAGAGAACGAGAGAGGGAGCGUGAUCGUGGAAGAGAUAAAGAUGACAAUAGAGAGAAAGAAGAGAAACUUAGACGUCGUUCCAAAUCUAGAGACAAGGAGCGUGAUCUCCGUGAAAGAGAUAGGGAAAGAGAGCGAGAUCGUGAAAGGGAACGGGAAAGAGAAAAAGACGACAAGAGAGAAAAAGAUGAUAAGAGAAGGCGUUCAAAGUCUAGAGAAAAGAGAAGUAGCAAAUCAAGUCGCACUGAUAAAAAGAAAUCACACCGUAAAGAUAAAGAGGAUGAUGAAUGAUUUUUUUCAUGUAAAAACUAACUCAAAGCAUAACUAUCUUGAAUUGUAUUUAACAAAUAACGAUCGACAAUGUAAUAUAAAUAAAUACUAAUUAAUAGUA